AUGCAAUCAACAACAUCUCAUCAAAUGGGUGAAUACGAAAGCAAAAUCUACAAAAAGCUACAAGACGAGUUUGAUCCGGUCAAUUUACAAGUUCAAGAUGUCCUGGGAGGGUGUGGAUCAAUGUUUGCGAUUCUUGUGGAGAGUCCAAAGUUUAAAGGGUUGCCCAUGAUCAAACAGCAUAGACUAGUGAAUGAUAUUUUAAAAGAUGAAAUAAAAAAGUGGCACGGACUACAACUCAAAACUAAAUCGGCGUGA